CAGUGAUGUCCUCUUCCACGAUGGUCAAUGGUGGAUGUUCUACUUCGGUGGGUCAGCCGAGAAGAUGGAAAUCAGACCCAGCAACAAAGCUCUCCAAGGCCUCAGGAUGCUUCCAGGGCUUGUCAAAUCAGCUGAUGGCGUUGUCUUCGACCGCGCCUUGUUCACAGGAAACCCUCUACUCAAUGUUGGACUGCAGAAUGAGUGGGACGAAUUGUUCAUUGCGUGGCCGAGAGUGCUUCCUCCGAGUAGCAGACAUCGCUGUCAAGAUCCAUCAGACGAGGAUAAAACUUGGUUGAUGACUUACAGCUCCAUUGAGAAACAGACCCUCCCUUUCUCAUCAAUAGGCGUUGCACUCCCUGCCGACGGACACAAAUGGUUUAAAGCAGGAAAAGCAUUGACACGAGGAGCGCCUGGUUCGUGGGACGAGGGUGGAGUUGGCCGCAGGCACGUACUCUUGAUCGACAACGAGUACUUCAUGUUUUACGAGGGCGUCAAUAAUAAAGGCAUUCAUGGAAUUGGUCUUGCAAUCUCACCAGAUGGGAUUCAUUGGGAGAGAGACCCACUCUGCCAAGGCCCAAUAUUCUCUGCUCGAGUUGGCGAGGAGGUUUGGGACAACGGCACAGUUGCAGCCCCUCAUGUUUUGCAAAUGGACGACGGCAGUUUUCGAAUGUACUAUGUUGGCACAAAUGAUACAAAGACAGAGAGUGCCAUGGGGAUGGCAAUCAGCAAGGGGAAAAAUUUCAGGACAUGGACUCGGAUACAAAAUUGGUAGCAACUUCGUGCAUUCAGCAAAUGUCUAUCUUCCCCAGUUACUUUGGGAGGGAACAAGGACAGGAUACAAAUUAGAAUUGACGCUGGAAGCAUUAUGGAACUCUUCCAUUUGAUUCUUAUUAACUAAUAUACCUUGUUGUACAUGGGUGUAGCUAAAAUACAAUACGUAUCUUUUUACUUGGA